AUGACUAGUGUGCUUUGUACCAGCGGUAAUAAGCAUGACCAAGACGAUAAGGACUAUGAAGAUGAAGACAAAAGACCGAUUUCGCCUCCAAUUGAACGUCGUCAAGUUAACGAGCCGACAUCACCUCAGCAUAUGCUUCCAGUUGAUAAUCAACCUGCGUCCGCUUACUCCAGAGUGGAUAAACUUCAGACACGGCUUAGGCUCCCAGAUGGAAGAGAAUUUUGUCUGUUGACUUGUGUGGAUUUGGCUCUAAAUCUGAUAUUAAACUCUUUCGACAGUGCUCGAAAUGGUACAAUUCGUGUCCUUUCUUUCAAAGUUACAACAUUUCUUCUUAUCGACGCAACCAUAGAGGAAAAAUAUCAAUACCUGUUCAACUUGGUUGCUGAUCGUGACAACAAAAUCAAUGACUCGCGUCUUUGGCUUCUCGUCUAUGAAAUUAUGCAACUGCCUCGACAAUUGGGGGAGGCUCAAACUUGCGGAAACGAGCUUGAUGUGGAUAUUCUAAUGUGCUUUAUGAAGAAUUUAAAGACGAAGGGUAACGAUCACCGAUCCAGUAGCAUCAAGCCAGCUCCUUCGAUCGACAGUCAGAUAUCUUCGCAAGUGACACCAGAUGAAGAUGAUUUGCUUCCAAGUGUUGGACUUGAUCGUUUUUACGAAUGGAUGAGUUUGGAGCCUUCUAUUGUGGCGUGGAUUCCCGCUAUGCAUCGAUUAAUCGCCGGUGAAAAGCUUGUUCAUCAGGUUCGAUGCGCUGCCUGUCAGACAUGCCCCAUCAGAGGAUUAAGAUAUCGGUGCUUGCGAUGCCUCAACUUCGAGUUGUGUCAAAAUUGCUUCCUCAUUGGUCGUGUUGAGAAGAGCCACAAGAUUACGCAUCCAAUUCAAGAAUAUACUUCUACUCUCCAACGAAGUGACAGUUUACGAGACUUCAGCCGAGUGGUACGAAAUCGAUUCAAGUCGAAGGAAAAGUUCCGGCAGUCCUCUCUCGACUCCGAUACUACAUCGAAAUCCUCCAAUCUUGUCUUAUCGAAACCUACUGGAACUCAGUCUUACCACAACCGACCACCAAAAGCAGUGCCGAUUCGGCAAAAUUCGGCCAAUUUCCCCAACACAAAUCCUUCUCCAAGUAAUAGACAGUCGGUACGACCAGCUUCUCUGGGAGAAACGAGGAAGCGAAUAAUGAUUCCGGCUGCCUCAUCUGCAAAUAAACUGAUGGAUAGUUCGAUUCCGCGUGGUGGCAAUAGACCACGAAGAGGAGGGUCAAUGGAUCAGGAGCAUGAACUCAUUGCCCAGUACAGCCACUCACUGAGACGCCAAAAUUCACUCACGACGACUGGAGCUCGGCCACCAAUGUACUAUGGGACCAAAGAUUCCACGCAUUCGCUCACCACACCUUGGAAUUACAACAGUGUCAAUUAUGAUCGAUCUCGCCCAGUCGAACCUGCAUAUUAUACACUUCGUCCAAAUCAGCUGCGUGGAGGAGGAAGUAGUUUCAGAGCCUCUUCCCAACCACCAACUCAUCCCGCCUCUACAGUCUUCGUCACCGGUCCACCAAUAAAUUAUCAGCCAAGGUACUACCGUAACCCGAGUGGAUGGACUGCACCCAUGUUAACUGGAAGCGCUGGCUCUCUGGAUAAGGUUCUGAUCAAUCUUGAGGAAGAGAAUCGUUUCCUUAGAUCCGAGUACGAUCGACUUAGAAUGCAAUCACCAUCUCAAAAUAUGCGACCCUUGAGAUCUCCUUCCCUGCAAUAUCCACUUUCCCAGCCUGGAUUGUAUCAAGAUCAGGAAAGACUAAGUGCAUAUCAAGGAAUGUAUGGAAAUACCUACCUGCCUCCCGGUUCACAAGUAAAUAUUCCCACCGGUUACGGCCGAAAUCAAGUCUACCUUCCCAACAACGGAAUCCUUUAUGGUGGUUCCCUUGGCCGUGGGGGUAGCACCGCAACUGCCUACUCAGCUUUUCUUCGCAGCGGUGGUUCAAAUCGCAUGUCCUACGAUCCAAUAUCCAAUCAGCAUUAUGGACAGAAAUCCUAUCAGAUUGUUCCUGCAUCUCAACAACAAGUGUCUGUAACCCCAACGCAGGAGGGCGAACUGGCCCAAGAGACACGUUUAUUGCGUCAACACAAGACGAGAUUGGAAUCGAGAAUGCAGCUAUUGGAAGAUCAUAAUAAGGCACUGGAAGAUCAGUUGAAUAGGCUGAGACAAUAUCUAAAUAUUCCUACGGUUGGAACUCCUCCACCGCAACCAACUUCACAGAUGCCAGCACCAUUAACUGCUUCGAAUGAUGUUCAACCUACACCAUACUCUCGAACAAAUGGAUUGGCUGAUCGCCAACAGGCAAAUGGCUACCCUAGAAAUCAAUAUCCUCCACCCUCAGAUCGAACUGACUCAAAUUCUUCCCUCGCUAAUCCUGCUGAACCGAGAGUCUAUUACCAAGAUCCUACGCGGCCCCAGGUUGAAAGCGUCAAGAACCCUCAUUAG